CCCCCCCCUCUCUCUCUCCUCGUUUGCUCUUCUAGGGCUCUUGCUUUCUCGUGUGCGUGUGCAAGGUGCGAAACUUUUCUCCGCUUCCUCUCAUGGCUUCCGCUCGAGAGGGACACUAUCGGGGGGUACGAAAGAGGCCAUGGGGUCGCUACGCCGCUGAGAUACGUGAUCCCUGGAAGAAGACUAGGGUUUGGUUGGGUACAUUUGACACUCCGGAAGAAGCUGCGCUCGCCUAUGACGGCGCCGCUCGCAACCUUCGCGGAGCCAAGGCGAAGACCAACUUUCCAGCUCCGGUCACCGCCGGUCUCCCCCUAGACCUCAACCUCCCCUCAACCGGCCACUGGAACUCCCACUCCGGCCGUCUCGUACUCGGUGAGUUCUUGCAGACCGGCGUUCUCAAAGACAUGAGCUGUGGCUCCCAGUCCGAGUCUUUGUCUUCGCCGCCUAAGCGAGAAGCUCCGGUCGCUGUCUCUUCUGGUGUGUCCCAGGUGCAGGGGAGCCCUGCCACGGCGUCAUUUCUGGGGCUCGUGCGGCGCGGGCUACCUGUUGAUCUGAACGAGCCUCCUCCGUUGUGGCUUUGAAUGUGUAUGCAUGAGAGCUGUCUACCCUUUUUUUUAGGGGAUCGUUUUGCGUCCUGAUCACUUAGAAAUCUCCCUGUUUUAUUCCUUCUGUUUUCCCAUUCUAUGGCCUAGUGCCUAGCUAGUUUCCUUUUUUUCUCUGUUUUGAGACUAAUCGGGAGGGAGUAACCGGGAUAAAAUCAUUAAGAAAUGAAAACCAUAUGUAAAUACUAGUGUAUGUUUUUGGUUUUUGUUUCCAUGAAACAAGACAGUUCCAGUUUA